AUGUCUGUUACACAAAAAGCAUUGCUUGCGUCUUAUAAGGUUUCUUAUAGAAUUGCUAAAUGCAAAAAACCCCAUGUAAUAGGAGAAACUUUAGUGCUACCUGCAGCUAUUGACAUGGUAGCUACGAUGCUAGGUGAAUCAUAUGCUGAUCAACUUAAAAUCAUUCCACUUGCAGAUAAUACGGUGGGAAGACGAAUAUCCGAUAUAUCUGAAGAUCUUUGCGAUCAAUUAAUAGAAAAAGUAAAACUAUCUUCUUUCGCGUUGCAAGUAGAUGAGGCUACAGAUGUUCUUAAGGAUGCACACUUGAUUACAUAUGUAAGAUAUGUUGUGGAAACUGAUGUUAGAGAAGACAUGUUAUUCUGUAAACCUAUUGAAGGCAAUACUACAGCAAGUGAAGUUUUUAAUAUGAUUGAUAAAUUUUUCAAUGAAUAUAACAUUCUGUGGGAGAACUGUGUUGGACUAUGCACAGAUGGAGCUCCAUCUAUGGCAGGAAAAAACGCUGGUCUACAGGCACUAGUUCGAAAGGUGGCUCCUCGGGCAAGUUGGACGCAUUGCAUGAUUCAUAGACAAUCACUUGUUUCAAGAGAUAUGGGUGAAGAUUUACUAACAGUAUUUCAAGUUAUUAUAAGAGUUGUAAAUUUUAUCAAAAAUAGCCCAUUAAGAGGAAGGCUUUUCGCAAAAUUGUGUAAUGACAUGGGUUCAGAAUAUACAUCACUUCUAUAUUAUUGUGAGGCACGUUGGCUUUCUCGUUCCAAAGUACUUCAAAGGGUGUUUGAGCUAAAAGAAGAGAUCGCCAUAUUCCUUACUGAUAAUAAUAGAGAUGAAGCAAACUUGUUUUAUGACACGAAAUUCCUUGUAAAACUUGCGUAUUUAGUGGAUAUUUUUCAAAGACUCAGUACUUUAAAUAAAUCAAUGCAAGGGCCUCAAAUUCAUGCUUUUGUCCAGAAAGACAAGGUUACUGCAUUUAUGAGAAAAUUGGAACUGUGGAUAAUAAGUUUGAAAAAUAAUAACUUUGACAUGUUUCCCACUUUUAAAAUUACCUGUCUUGCAGAUGAAAUAGAAGAAAGUAAAGUUCUUAUUAAUAAACACUUGACCAGUUUAAGGGAGCAAUUCUCGUUUUACUUUAAAGAUCUUGACAUGUCCAAAUAUGAAUGGAUUAGAAACCCGUUUGUGAUUGAAAAAUAUGAUGAUUUUGGCCUUACGACAGCAGAGCAGGAAAUGAUAAUUGACUUAUCUAGUGACAGCACAUUAAAGCAGAUGUUUCAACACGAAAAUAAUAUUGUCACGUUUUGGUUACGAGUAAAGGACGAGUUUCCUACUUUAACAAAUAAAGCUUUAGAAAUUUUAUUGCCCUUUGUAACAUCUUACUUAUGUGAAACUGGGUUUUCUGCAGUAGCUGUCUUAAAGACAAAGUAUCGAUCUUGCUUAAAGAUUGAAAAGGAACUGAGAACCGCGAUAUCUUCAAUGAUACCACGGUUUGACAAAAUUUGUGCUGAAAAACAAGCUCACCCUUCACAUUAA